CCUAAUCUAAAGAUUGUUCCGUCUAGGUCAAGAUAUAUAGUUUGGACGGCAUUGUGUUAUAUCAGACUACGACAAAUAUCGGAAAAGCUAGACUUUCUACAUCGAUAUGUACGCCUUGGUUGUUUUCCUUCUACUUGGAGUCUCUCUAUCUCUUGCCGAUGUUAACUUACGGCCGUAUAAUGUAACAGCACAAAACCUCUUCGACAACAACGAUCUUGAUAAGGACAAAGAAUUCUCCUUGGCGGAACUCAAGUUUUCAUUCCAGGGCUACGACUCUGACUUCGACGGAGUUGUCUCCCGUGAGGAGUACACCACGUACACCACUCAUCAGAAUCCGGCCUUGUUUAUUCUGACGCAUGCGCUGUACGACAUCUAUGACAGCGACAAGGACGGAGUUCUAACGGAAUAUGACUACGACCAGCUUUACAAGUUAUGGGAUGCCAACGAAAAUAACGUUGUAAGCGAGCCUGAGUUUGUACAUUGGUGGACGGUGACGCUGGAGUCCUUGGACCACCUCCACCACCCCGAUGCCACAUUUCCCCCCUCCAGAGUUCACAAAUAGGCCUGUACUGUUGAUGUUGAUCAAGACAAUAAAAACGCCACCACAAAAAUA